AUAAAGAUCUACAAGCCACGCCCACUUUCUGUAGCAGUUGUCAAGAGGAAAGAGGGAGAUGCUUUCUGACAUGAUCUCAACAAAGUCUUGAUAAGAGACUCAGAGAGCUAGCUGGACGUACUGAAUGAGCUGGUAGAACAGUGUUCCCGCUGUACACAUAGAACCAACUGUGUGAGUAGUCCCUACGUGUGUGUGUGUGUGUGUGUGUAGAGAUGACACUGCUUGGUGUUGGUUUACCUCGGAGAGGGUCUCUCUUCAGGAAACUCAUGAUUGGAGGCAUUCUCAUGUUCAUCUCGUGUUGGAUAACUGUGCUCAUGCUGCAGAACUCUGCUGACAGCAGUGUAUCAAACACUGGUAGAUCACAAGACCACAAACUGCCCUAUAUGCCAGCGCAUAAUAAUGUCCCAAGAGACGAGAAUGUUUAUAUUAAGAAGAACUCCACUGUUAAACAGCAGCAAGACUCAGUAGGUAAAAACACUCCACAUUUUCCGAGAAAAACUCUCCUUUCAACAAGAGAACACUCGGCCACCAACAAAACAAAUCAAAACACUACCAUUAAAGCCGCACACAAGUCUGUCCCUAGAAUUGACUCUAUUCCAAGCAUGAACGGCCCCAACUCAGUAGAAUUGCUGAGGAAGAAAUUGGUGACUUUAAACAGAGAGGAAAGAAUUCUCAAUGCCGAUAAAUUUGCUCCCCUGGGGAAUGAUGAUAUUAUACUGAUUGUUCAAGUCCACAAGAGAGUAGCGUAUCUACGGCAACUGUUAGACUCCCUGAGAGCUGCUCGGGGCGUGGAGGAGGUGCUCCUGGUUGUCAGCAGUGACUACUACUAUGAGGAGAUGAAUCAAAUAGUGGAGUCUGUGGAUUUUUGCAAG